GGGCCAUCGGUGCCGGCCAUCACCACCACAAUUAUCACACAACUAUUGGCGCUAUUAAUCGCCGGCCAAUACUGGCCGACGGUAGUCGAGUCGGCCCGCUAUGUGGCGCCCGAAGACUGUGAUUGGCGACCGAUGACAGCUGUGGACGGGUCGACAGUUGCCGGCGGUGAUAGUGUACUGUUAACGUGUAAACUGCGGACAGUGAACGGUGCGUUUGACAGCACCAACUUUAGUCUAAUACAGGGCCAGCGGACCACUGGUCUCCAUGUUAUAUGUGAUGAUAUACUGUUUGAAAGUUCCUUGGCCAAUCGGUCGUUUCAGCACCUGGGUCAACUACGGGAGUUGACGGUGGACCGGUGCAAGCUGGCCGAACUGCCCCUGCUCACCCUGCACGGCCUUGGUCAGUUGCGAAAUUUGACCAUUCGCACCCAAAACACCCAAUGGGGUGACCAACAGCUCCGGGUGCCCGCCGGAGGGCUGUUAACACCGGUGCCGCGCGUUCAGAGAGUGGAUCUGUCGACAAAUGCCAUCGCUUGGCUGCCGGAGUCGCUCUUCUGUAACCUCCCGGAGCUGUCGUUCGCCAAUUUGUCGACCAAUCAGUUCCAAGAGGUGAUCAGUUUGGGCUUUUCGUCCAAGAAUAAGGACAGACAACAGUCGCAGUGCAAACUCGACUCAAUCACACAAUUGGAUCUGUCGUACAACCGGAUCAAAGUGUUGACCGACCGGGGGUUCGGCCUUCUGGGCCGACUCCAGGCGCUGACACUGCAUCACAAUCAGAUCUCUCGGGCCGAAGAGACAUCGCUGGCCGGUCUGUCGGCGCUGACAGUGUUGGACAUGUCCAACAACCAGUUGGUGGCGCUGCCGCCCAAGUUCUUUCAGUCGGUCAGCACCAGCCUCACAGAGCUGUACCUCCAGAACAAUAGCGUAUCGGUGCUGCCGCCGGGCCUUUUCAACGCCCUUGGUCAAAUGGUGCUGCUGGAUCUAAGUCACAACGAGAUCACUUCCCACUGGAUCGGCACCGACACGUUCGCCGAUCUGAUCCGUUUGGUGACACUUGACUUGGCGUUCAAUCGCCUCAGCCGUAUCGACGCCCAGACCUUCCGCAGCCAAUACUCGCUGGAAGUGCUUCAACUCCAUCACAACGAGAUCGAGACCAUCGCCGACACCGCCUUCCAGUCGCUCUACAAUCUUCACACACUAGUCCUCAGCCACAAUCGGCUGACACGAGUGGACUCGCUGUCCCUAUCGGGCCUCCAUGUGCUCAACACACUGGCCAUCGACAGCAAUAAGUUGGACUUCAUUCACCCGCAGGCCUUCAAAAACAUCACGAAUCUAAUGGAGUUGAAUGUGUCGACCAAUCGUCUGGAAGCGGUUCCCGCGGCCAUCAAUACCGUACAGUUCUUGCGUUCGCUGGACCUGUCCUACAACCGGAUCGUCGAGAUCGACAACGCCUCCUAUCGCGGUGUGGGUCAGCUCUACGGUCUCAAUCUGGAGGCCAACCAAAUCGGUAACCUCUCGAAGGGUGUCUUCCAAGACCUGCCGUCGUUGCGAAUACUGAAUUUGGCCAAAAAUAAGAUCCAGGGCAUCGAGCAGGGUACUUUUGACGACGUGCCCGACCUCCACGCCCUGCGUCUGGACAGCAAUUACAUUGUGGACAUCAACGGCCUGUUCAGUAACCUCCGCGACCUAUUGAUGCUCAACAUAUCGGUGAAUAAGAUCGGUUGGUUUGACUACGCGCUGAUCCCGAUUGGCCUCCAAUGGCUGGACAUUCACGAGAAUCAGAUCGACAGUCUUGGGAACUACUUCGAGUUGGAAUCGGUGCUCAAACUGCGAACACUGGACGCCAGUGUCAACCGUAUCGGCGAGAUUGACGCCUCGGCGCUGCCCAACGGCAUCGAGAGUAUACUUCUCAACAGUAAUCACAUCCGAAAGAUCGCUCCGUUCACCUUCAUGGAGAAGCAGAACCUCACCAGAGCUGAUCUCACCAGUAAUCGCAUGUCGACGUUGGAUAUAAACGCUUUUAGACUAAGUAAAGUGCCGCUCCGGCGCCCUCUGCCCGAGUUUAGUGUCGGCGCUAAUCCCUAUCUGUGCGACUGUACGAUGGAGUGGCUCCAGAGGGUGGCCACUCUGGACGAGUCGCGCCAAUACCCGCGUAUGGUUGACGUCCAACAGAUUGAGUGUCAGUUAACAUUUGCCAAACAACAGCCCACCGUGCAACUGACCAGGGCCAAUUCGAGCCAAUUCCUGUGCCCCUACAAGUCCCACUGUUUCGCCCUGUGCCAUUGUUGCGAGUUUGACGCCUGUGACUGCGAAAUGACCUGUCCGGACAAUUGCUCGUGCUACUACGACCAGACCUGGUCCACCAACGUGGUCGACUGUUCGGCCAAAGGCUACCAAUCGGUGCCCACGCGGCUGCCCAUGGAUGUGACGGCGCUGUAUUUGGACGGCAACGAUAUCUACACACUCGGCAGCCAUACGUUCAUCGGCCGCAAGAAUAUGCGACAAUUGUAUCUCAAUCACAGUAAUGUCCACUCCGUCGGCAACAACACGUUCAACGGUUUGGUGAACCUCGAGGUCAUUCAUCUGGAGUACAAUCAGUUGACAGCGUUGAACGGCUACGAGUUCGCCCCCCUCUACGCCCUCCGAGAGUUGCAUCUUCAUCACAAUCGGAUCCACACCAUCAACAACCAGACAUUCAUCCAUCUGAAGUCACUGCAAGUGCUUCAUCUGGAGUACAACGCGCUCGUCGUGUUUCAAACGGUGUCAUUCGGCCACAACACACGCCUCAGCCGUCUAUACCUGUCCAACAAUCUGUGGUCGUGUGAGUGCAAGUUCAUGGAUCAGCUCCAGGGCUGGAUUCAGGCCUACGGGUCGGCCAUUCUUCAGGACACACCCGAUGUCAGGUGUUUUCACAACUCGUCAUUCGUGGGCACUUAUAUUUGGGACGUCAACUCCACCUCCUGUGCCAACUCGACAGCCGUGGCCGACGGUCGCGCCGAUCACACCACCAGAUCCGUGGGUUUCCUGCCCGACGGUCUGGUGGGCGCCGGCGACUAUCUGGUGAUCAUCUUAAUAGCGGCGGUGUUGAUAGCCGUGGUGUUUGUCAUGUGUUGUGUGUAUCGCAAAACAAUCAAACAAAUACGGGAUCCGUCUCUUAUUGAGUGUCAGUUAACAUUUGCCAAACAACAGCCCACCGUGCAACUGACCAGGGCCAAUUCGAGCCAAUUCCUGUGCCCCUACAAGUCCCACUGUUUCGCCCUGUGCCAUUGUUGCGAGUUUGACGCGUGCGACUGCGAAAUGACGUGUCCGGACAAUUGCUCGUGCUACUACGACCAGACCUGGUCCACGAACGUGGUCGACUGUUCGGCCAAAGGCUACCAAUCGGUGCCCACGCGGCUGCCCAUGGAUGUGACGGCCCUGUAUUUGGACGGCAACGAUAUCUACACACUCGGCAGCCAUACGUUCAUCGGCCGCAAGAAUAUGCGCCAAUUGUAUCUCAAUCACAGUAAUGUCCACUCCGUCGGCAACAACACGUUCAACGGUUUGGUGAACCUCGAGGUCAUUCAUCUGGAGUACAAUCAGUUGACAGCGUUGAAUGGCUACGAGUUCGCCCCCCUCUACGCCCUCCGAGAGUUGCAUCUUCACCACAAUCGGAUCCACACCAUCAACAACCAGACAUUUAUCCAUCUGAAGUCACUGCAAGUGCUUCAUCUGGAGUACAACGCGCUCGUCGUGUUUCAAACGGUGUCGUUCGGCCACAACACACGCCUCAGCCGUCUAUACCUGUCCAACAAUCUGUGGUCGUGUGAGUGCAAGUUCAUGGAUCAGCUCCAGGGCUGGAUUCAGGCGUACGGGUCGGCCAUUCUUCAGGACACACCCGACGUCAGGUGUUUUCACAACUCGUCAUUCGUGGGCACUUACAUCUGGGACGUCAACUCCACCUCCUGUGCCAACUCGACAGCCGUGGCCGACGGUCGCGCCGAUCACACCACCAGAUCCGUGGGUUUCCUGCCCGACGGUCUGGUGGGCGCCGGCGACUAU